UGCCUGCCGCCGGGAGGGGAGCCGGGCCAGGCGCCGCGCUGGGAACGCCGCUUCUGCUCCUUGCACCAUGACAGAGGAAAGCAAAGGGGACGGCAAGGGGGAAAGCGGGAAGGACCUGGAGAAGCAGCUUCGCCUGCGCGUGUGUGUCCUCAAUGAGCUGCUCAAGACGGAGCGGGACUAUGUGGGCACGCUGGAGUUCCUGGUGUCGGCUUUCCUUCACCGAAUGAUCCAGUGUGCGACAGCCAAAGUGGAUAAAAAUGUCACAGAGGAGACAGUUAAGAUGUUGUUUUCAAAUAUCGAAGAUAUCCUUGCAGUUCACAGAAAUUUCCUGUCUCUAGUGGAGGAAUGCUUGCAACCAGAACCUAAUGCACAGCAUGAAGUGGGAACUUGCUUUCUUCAUUAUAAAGAGAAAUUCCGUAUCUAUGAUGAAUACUGCAGUAACCAUGAGAAGGCACAGAAAGUUCUUCUUGACCUUAACAAAAUAAGAACAGUGCGGACUUUUCUUUUGAACUGCAUGCUGCUUGGAGGACGGAAGAACACCGAUGUGCCGUUGGAGGGGUAUCUUGUAACUCCCAUACAGAGAAUAUGCAAGUAUCCCCUUCUUUUGAAGGAGUUACUGAAGCGAACUCCAAGGAAGCACAGUGACUAUGCAGCAUUAAUGGAAGCCCUCCAAGCCAUGAAAGCUGUCUGCUCCAACAUAAAUGAGGCCAAGAGACAAAUGGAAAAAUUGGAGUUUUUAGAAGAAUGGCAGUCACAUGUUGAAGGAUGGGAGGGGUCCAACAUCACAGAUACUUGCACAGAAAUGCUGAGAAGAGGACAUAUCCAAGAGCGGAUAUUUUUUCUUUUGGAUAACCUUUUGGUUUACUGCAAAAAAAAGCACAGGCGAUUGAAGAACAGCAAGGCAUCUACAGAUGGCCAUCGUUACCUUUUUCGGGGCAGGAUAAACACAGAAGUGAUGGAAGUUGAGAAUGUGGAUGAUGGAACAGCUGACUAUCAUAGCAGUGGCCAUACUGUUGUUAAUGGCUGGAAGAUCCACAACACAGCAAAGAACAAAUGGUUUGUAUGCAUGGCAAAAACCCCCGAAGAGAAGCAAGAAUGGCUGGAAGCUAUUCUGAAAGAACGAGAAAGGAGAAAAGGUUUAAAACUAGGCAUGGAACAAGACACUUGGGUGAUGAUCUCUGAACAAGGAGAAAGACUUUACAAAAUGAUGUGCAAACAAGGGAAUCUCAUCAAAGACAGGAAGAGGAAACUAACCACUUUCCCCAAAUGCUUUCUUGGAAGGGAAUUUGUGUCCUGGUUACUGGAAAUCGGAGAGAUACACAAAUCUGAAGAAGGUGUUCACCUUGGCCAAGCUUUAUUAGAAAAUGGCAUUAUCCAUCAUGUCACAGAUAAGCACCAAUUCAAACCUGAACACAUGCUGUACAGAUUCCGAUAUGAUGAUGGAACGUAUUAUCCAAGAAAUGAGAUGCAGGAUGUGAUUUCUAAGGGUGUACGUUUGUACUGUCGCCUUCACAGCCUGUUUAACCCAGUAAUUAGGGAUAAGGAUUAUCAUCUGAGAACCUACAAAUCUGUUGUCAUGGCUAACAAACUCAUAGACUGGCUGAUUGCACAGGGGGAUUGCCGGACCAGGGAGGAAGCCAUGAUCCUUGGUGUAGCUCUUUGUGACAAUGGAUUUAUGCACCAUGUGUUAGAAAAAAGUGAAUUUAAAGAUGAACCACUGCUGUUCCGAUUUUUUGCGGAUGAAGAAAUGGAAGGAUCAAACAUGAAGCACAGGCUCAUGAAACAUGAUUUAAAAGUUGUGGAAAAUGUAAUAGCCAAGUCAUUACUGAUUAAAUCUAAUGAAGGCACCUAUGGUUUUGUUUUAGAAGAUAAAAAUAAAGUACCAAUUAUUAAAGUGGUGGAGAAAGGAUCAAAUGCUGAGAUGUCAGGCUUGGAAGUUGGGAGAAAAAUCUUUGCUAUUAAUGGUGACCUGGUCUUUCUGCGACCCUUCAGUGAAGUGGACUGCCUCCUGAAAGCAUGUUUGAACAGCAGGAAACCCCUUCGGGUUCUCGUGAGCACUAAACCACGGGAGACAGUGAAGAUUCCUGACUCUGCAGAUGGACUUGGAUUUCAAAUCCGGGGCUUUGGUCCAUCAGUUGUCCAUGCUGUUGGGAGAGGAACAGUAGCAGCUGCAGCAGGUCUCCACCCUGGCCAGUGCAUAAUCAAAGUCAAUGGAAUUAACGUCAGCAAAGAGACUCAUGCAAGUGUUAUUGCUCACGUCACAGCGUGCAGGAAAUACAGGCGCCCCAUGCAGCAAGAUUCUAUACAGUGGGUUUACAACAGUAUUGAGAGUGCUCAGGAAGAUCUUCAGAAAACGAAUACUAAGCCGUCUGGAGAUGACGGAGGAGAUGCCUUUGACUGCAAAGUGGAAGAGGUAAUUGACAAGUUUAACACUAUGGCAAUAAUUGAUGGGAAGAAAGAUCAUGUGAGUCUGACUGUUGACAAUGUUCAUCUGGAGUAUGGAGUGGUUUAUGAGUAUGACAGCACAGCAAUUCUUGAAGCACUGGCAAAAAGUGAUGAGCAUUUUGUGCAGAACUGCAACAGCCUGAAUUCCUUAAAUGAAGUAAUUCCCACUGAGCUUCAGAGUAAAUUCAGUGUCAUUUGCAGUGAGAAAAUUGAACAUAUCUACCGAAGAAUCUCUAGUUAUAAAAAGGUAUGA